CCUCUGUCUCUGCAGGUGUUACCCAGACAGACAUGUGGCCUCUUCACUCACACCAUCUUCUAUAACGAGUACCCAGGAGGCUCCAAAGAGCUGGACAAGAGCAUCAGGGGAGGAGAGCUGUUCCUCACCGUCCUCCUCAACCCUGUAAGUUCUAGUUCGCUGUGGAGAUACUCUGCCUCCUUACUGGAGCUGCUACCGUCUUCAGGCCGCUGCUCUAAAUGACCUGAGAAACUUCAUUCUGGAAAAGUCUUAGCUUGGGAAAAGGACUUGUAACUUUGACUUUUGUGUAAAUCAUUAAUUGAUGUCAAUCUGUGCUACAAAUUUUUAUUUCACGAGUGCCUCAAAUUGGGAUUUUGCUUAAUGUGCAUUUAAGAUGCAUAGACAAACAGUGAAAGGUCUCCCUUCCCUACUCACCCGUUGGUAUGGUGUCUGACUCCUCUGUCCCCCUCCAGAUCAGCAUCUUCAUGACCCACCUGUCUAACUAUGGAAAUGACCGGCUGGGCCUGUACACCUUUGAGUCCCUGGUGAAGUUUGUUCAGUGUUGGACCAACUUGCAGCUGCAGACACUCCCCCCCACGCAGCUAGCUGACAAAUACUUCCAGAUCUUCCCGGAGGAGAGAGACCCCCUCUGGCAGGUUAGGGAAUGCAAUGAUCAAAUAUUAUUAUAGACAUGAUAAUCCAUUUGGUUGUUAGCUACUGUUUCCUAUUUUUCCUAUUCUAUUUUAUUGUUUCUUGAGAUUAUUGUAAUUAAGUUUGGCCCAUCAUUUUAUAUUAUUUUGCAAUGAAAUGACUUAAUGAUGAGCUAGCUAGCUAUAUGUAUUGGAGACCGUAACCCCUCUCUAUCUGUCCUCAGAACCCAUGUCAUGACAAGAGACAUAAAGACAUCUGGUCGAAAGAAAAGACCUGUGAUAGACUACCCAGGUUCCUGGUCAUAGGCCCACAGAAAACGGGUGAGACCCUGCAGCCAACCAUUUUCCUAAGACAUCUACACUCUCUCGCUCGCCACACACUCUUUUUGCCAAAAUGGGUAGCAUAAUGGCGUUUGUGGUGGUGAGUUUUAGUCAAAGUGUAUAUUCAUGUGUGUUCAUUCAGGCACCACAGCCCUGCACUCGUUCCUGAGCCUCCACCCUGCCAUCACCAGUAGCUUCCCCAGUCCUGUCACCUUUGAGGAGAUCCAGUUCUUUAGCGGCCCCAACUACGACAACGGCAUUGACUGGUAAGACGACUUUGCUGCCCACUCUGAGGCUUUAAACACUCUAAUGAAGCCUGUAGCGUCCUUUUGUCUGAACUGAUCUAAGAACCUAUAUGAUAUCCAUAUGGUAGCACCUCACCUCAACAUUACCUCAAUAUAGUUCCUUCAUGCUUACUUGUAGUGUAGUCUUCCUCUAUAUUGCUCUCACAUAUCUAUUCCUCUCAUAUCAGUGAGCAUGUAUAACAGUAUGGUUCAUUUGGUCGUAGGUGGAAAGGGACAUGGCGCAGGAAGACAUUCAAAGGACAUUUAUGACAGAAGCUCUCCCCUGGCCCUCGGUAAACCUAACUGCUCUCCCCCCUCCUCUCUUCAGGUACAUGGACUUCUUCCCCUUCCCAUCGAAUGUCAGCACAGAUUUCAUGUUUGAGAAAAGUGCCAACUACUUUGACACAGAGGUAGCCCCUAAGAGAGCGGCUGCCCUGCUGUCCCGGGCCAAGAUCCUGGCCGUACUCAUCAACCCAGCGGACCGCGCCUACUCCUGGUACCAUGUGGGUCUAUCACACUCUUAACUACCUGGUCCUCUGUAGCUCAGCUGGUAGAGCACGGCGCUUGUAACGCCAAGGUAGUAGGUUCGAUCCCCGGGACCACCCAUACACAAAAAUGUAUGCACGCACGACUGUAAGUCGCUUUGGAUAAAAGCGUCUGCUAAAUGGCAUAUUAUUAUUAUUAUUAUUAUUACCUCAGCCAUAAUAUGAACCAUCAGGUUCAUGAAAUAUAAACUGUUCCCAGACCAUUUGUCAAGACCGUUAAGUGACCACAUGCAGAAGAUACUAUUGGCUGCCUCACUCCAGAGCAAAGAAAUGCCAUCUGUUUUUAUUUUAACUUCACCUGUUUAUUUGCAUGUAUUUAUUCUCAAGAAGCCAAAGGUACAACAUCUGUAAAAGUUAUCUUGUAGAAUCACUUGAUACUUGAUUCUUCUGAAGUCUGACCUCUGAUAACCUUUGACUCAUUAUGUCUGACCUUUAACCUUUCCCCUGUGUGUGACCCUGCAGCACCAGCGGGCUCACCAGGACCCGAUGGCCGUUAACCACACGUUCCAGGAGGUGGUGACAGCGGGGCCUGCCUCCCCCCGAGAGCUGCUCAUCCUGCAGAGACGCUGCCUUAAACCUGGGGCCUAUGCCACACACCUGGAGCGCUGGCUACACCACUACCAACCCAGCCAGGUAACAUUACAUUACUGGAAAUACACACAAACAUACUAUAAGAGCACAGCUAGAUACUGAAAACUACAGGAGACACCCCCGUGAACAAUUCAACUGCAUCCAUUCAGAAACAUGGCUUCACAGUAUUUUAUAAUGAUUGAUCAUGGCAGUACUACCUGUGUGGAGUCCAGUAUGUGAGAGGUGUGAUUCCUGUUUCCAGGUCCACAUAGUGGAUGGGUCCCAGCUGCGAUCCAACCCUGCCCUGGUCAUGGAGGGCAUCCAGAGGUUCCUGGGGGUCACACCCAUCUUCAACUACACCCAGGCUCUGACGUAUGAUGAAAGUAAAGGGUUCUGGUGCCAGAGGGUGGAAGGAGCACGACCCAAGUGUUUGGGCAAGAGUAAAGGCAGGAAAUAUUCUGACAUGACCCCUGAGGUACAGUGACUCCAUCUUUCAAGGAAAGGGGGGGGGGGGGGUGGGGUAAGGGGGGGUAGAAGGAUUACUUUAUCCUCAUACAGUCCUUCGCUGACUUUUCUCUGUUGUGUGUAUUACAGUCGCGUGCCUUCCUUACGGAGCAUUACCGGGAGCACAACAUGGAGCUGCUGAGGCUGCUGAACCGGCUGGGCCAACCCCUGCCCGCCUGGCUGAGAGAGGAGCUGCAGAGCUCCAGCUGGAGCUGAGACUGGACCUCCCUAAGGAACCACAGCCUGGACUGGAGCACUUCCCUGCCCGGCCUGGCCCAGGGAAAGAGAGGGCCCUGUUUACCAACACCAGUCACUACAGAGGGUGGAAGAGGAGAGAAAGCGGGAGGACAGCCCGAUACGCCGCUGUAGUAACCAAUCCUCACGGGAGGGAAAUAAUGGCCUCUAAUAAGGGAGUUAAUGAGUUGGAAACAACCCUCCCUCUUUCCCCUCGCAGUCGCACACAUUGUCUUCAUCCAGAAAGUAGAGGACUUGUCUCAGCCUGCAGCCAGUUGGACUGACUGACGCCAGGGUCUGGCAGACUGAGAGGGGGUGGGGGGGUCUAAUGUCAUGUCACCCCCCUCUUUAACAGGAACUGAUAUCUUGUGGCCCUGGAGUGCAUGAAUAAACCCGCAACAUACGCGUGGUCACAUCUCACACACACGCUUCUCAUUUCUUCAGAAGAAUGAUUGUAAAACGUUGUACAUUUUAAAGCUGUUGUAUAUUUUGGGUGGGGGAUGGGUGGAAAAUGUGACAGAAUAGACAUGGACUAAACAAGACAGCACACUGUAGUGCUAUGGACAAAGACUUGUGCUGUAGGAUGGAUGUAGUGUAUCUCAGGCCACUGCUCCUUCAGACUGUGCAUUCCCCUACCCCAAAGCUGAGGCCAUUGGAGUACAUUCUGAUAAACAAACGGUCUACUAUAGGACCCACAAGUCUACAGAGAAACCCACACACUUUAACCAUGCACUUUCUCCCUCACUCUCACAUAGGUACCCAGCCAGUUUAGAGCUGUGUAGAGAUAGGGCCAGUCAGAGAGAAGAGGAUGAGCUAGAGAGAUAGAAAAAGAGAGGUUCUAGGUCUCUGCCUGUGAGUGUCCAUCGUAACAGGAGCUGCUGUCUUGUUUUGUUUUCUGUUUAUUUAGCAAAAACUACAAAACAAAGACCAACGCUGUAUCGUCUCUAAUAAACUCAGAGGUUGGAAUGGA